ACCAAGUCUUUGCCCCCAAGCCAACGAAGGUCCCCAAGAAAAGGCCGACGGACUUGGCGCAAGAAGGAUCGCUCGGGCUUCGCUGAAUGAAGUUUCCGCCGGUCGAGGUUAAGUUUAUGCUCUCACUGCUCAUCAUGUUUUCCUCUUCCUCUUCGAUGCCGUCCAAUUCUUCUGAGAACGCUCUGCCAGAAGAUGGGGUGUUUGAGGUCGACGACUAUCUCACCUUCGCCGAUGACGGACACGAAGAGGCCUCUUUGAGCCAUCCAUCCGUUCACCGGUAUCCUCUUGUGCAGGCCGCCGACUGCGCCGCCAACAAAACCAAGAUCACAGAUUGCAACAAAAGCAAGGAUGCCGGAAAGAGAUCUUCGAAGAGGAGCAGCAGUUUUAAAGUCGCAUUCAAAACAAAAUCAGAGCUUGAGAUAUUAGAUGAUGGAUACAAGUGGAGGAAGUAUGGGAAAAAAGCAGUGAAAAGCAGCCCAAAUCCCAGGAACUACUAUCGCUGCUCAAGCGAAGGAUGCCAAGUCAAGAAGAAAGUAGAGAGACACCGAGACGACUCAAGCUUUGUGAUAACCACCUAUGAGGGUACCCAUAACCAUCAUGCCCCCUACCCAGCAGUAACACAGCAUCGAGCUGUCGAAACACCUAAUUCCCAUGACCUCUCCUGCUGAACUGCAUUCAGGAUGACACUCGAAGAAGUGUUAGGACAAGUCAAUGCUGGCAUAGGUAACUCCGGAGUUAAAGAAUUGUAUUUCCAUUGUCAGGACCCUAAAAUCUUGGUCGACUAGUGUUCUUGUAAAUAAAGUUCUAUAUUCAUCAUCAGAAAGAACAUAUAAAUGGUA